AUGGAUUCACAGCCACCACAACAAUCUGCAGCACGCACAGAUUUCCUCAAAGACGACAUAACUAAGCACCUCCUCACUCUGAAAUGGACGGCCAGAUGCUUCGAAACACUGCGCGACGAUCUGCACGCUGCUAUCAAUGAACUCAGCCAGUACGACAUGAGACUUUACCUAAAGGUAGCCCAAGAGUGCGAUCAGCUCAAAUGCGACAUGGAAACUGUAAGACAGAAUUCCGAAGAGUUCACUCGUCGGGAGGCGACCCGUCCUGAUCUCAUACGGAAGCACAUCAGCGAGUCGAUGAAGCAUGUUAGGGAGCUACGCCAACUUCGACAGGAAAUUACAACCUACUACAUGGCGCAAAUGAUCGGCGAAGAAAAGAAGUGGUCAAGUCUGGAGCUGAGCCUCGACAUACACAUGUCUCAACUUGGUGGAAUCAUGCGGAGGAUUGUCCAUGCCACAGAGACCAAGUUUCAGACGGAGCAAGACCUAGCUGUCGAGCAAUCUCAGGCUGCGAAACCCACAUCAGGGCCAUCAGGGCUGGCGCCGCAGAAAGAUUAA